AUGUUUGGACUCCCCGAUACGCACCACCGCGAAGUACAACCAACUUUCGCCGACCCGGAUGCUGAACUUGGCGGGGCCGACGUGACCAACGAAGGCUUUAGAGUGGAACCAGAAGAGCUCUCUGCCUCCUCCGAUGAGGACACUUUACUCAUGCGGGAAAUCCCCAUACUACAUGAGGUGGCUGAAACCAGCGACUGGGCUAGCACUCAGAUAGCGCUAGAACCGGCUCCAGUCGCCCUUCACCUGCAAGGUUCGAUUAUAAACGAACUGCGUGGAAAAGUCUCGGGACUAGAUAACGACUUAAGUCACCUGACAGGGUUAUUGAAGGAUAACUUCCCAGCAUGUGCUGCCGCAGGCCAGGCGAUCGCGCUAUCGAAGCAACAGGUAUUCGACACUGCACCCAAACUAGAAUCAGCGGCCAUCAGCGCCAAAUGGAUUAUAAUCUGGGGU